GGUGAUCUUGAUUUCUUAGUGGACUGAUUUUGAUUCUUGACGUGGACAUCCUUAGACAUGUUGGCUCUACCGACAGAAUGCAAAACGCAUGAAAGCUCACACAGAAAAAUUAAAACAUACACAAUGAAAUUACGCAGUCAGCAAAAAGAAACAAGUAAUUCCAAAAGAAAACUUGAUCCUGAGGGAGUCUCGGAUUUUGCAUAUAGAGGAAAUGCAAAAAAAGGCAAAUACACUGUUGAAAAAUGUUUCAAACAACUUCUCGUAUCCUUUGCAUUCGGUCCACCAGAGUUGAAUCGACUAUCAUUCGUUGCAAAACGAUUAAAACAUUUGAUGAAUCUCAUCAAAAGUGAAAUUCCUAGACAGUUGGAUCUAGUCAAUCGAUUUUUACUUUGUCAUCAUUCCAAUCUUCAAACGAAAGAUGUUUGUCUUCUUAGUUUUGAUUCGAUUCCUAAUGAGGAGAUGAGUGGAGAUGCAUCUGAGUUAACGGAAACUGUCGUAGUUUGUUACGUUGAAGAGAAUCUAGUGAAAGAAAAGAAAACAAGAGAAUUUAUGCAACAUUUGUACUCCAGUACUUCAAAGGAGAAUUUCUUUCUCAUUCAUAAUCUGCCUGGACACCUAAAAUUGGAGAAUAUUCUAAAAGAUUGGAAAAUGGAUGUCGACAAAAACCAUCUAAUCAAACACAACUUGGAGAAAUCAAUGAUCUUCAAACAAAUGUAUCGAUCACUAGACGGAGUAGUCGAAUCUGUUAUGGCAGCUCUGCAAGACCUUCCGGAGGGAAGCAUUAAAGAAAAUGCAAUGAAAAAAUUUGCAUGUAUUAAAGAAAAAUUAAGAGAAAACCAUACGCCUGUGCUUUCGAAAGAAUGCAAAGGACUCCUACAAUGUGGCCAAGACAUUGGUAUCAUUGCCUACAGAACAGACGGUAAAAGCCUUACAGUCUACACGAGUCAGCCUGAAACAAGGGCUCUAAAUGCAAAAUUGAAAGAAUUGGAACAGAUCUGUUCACCAUUGUCGUUGCGACAUUUCAAUGUUCAAACUCCAAUUUUCAGAAAACAUUCUUUAAUGGCCGGGUCUAAACUCGUGAACAUGAGAUCUGACUUUUUGGGAACACUUGGUUUAUUCGCAAAGAAAGUCAAAGAUGGUGUAGAAAAGGAUGUUGCCAUUACGUCCGCCCACGUAAUUUGGGAAGGAUGUACUGCAAAUAGUGAAAUGAAUGGAGAGGACGUUGAAAUAGGGACCUGUACAUGGCCACCGAAACCAAGCGAUGAACACUUCCAUGCAAGAAUAAAAGAUUUGGCUCUUGUCCAGUUAAACCCGGGAAUGUCGGAAAAUAUUUCAACUUCAAGAGAAAUAUUCCUUUAUGUUGAUUCAAAAGAGGAGCUUGCUUAUCGAUGCGUUUAUAAACAUGGAUGUUCAACUGGCAAAAGUGAAGGAGACAUCGACCUUCCAGUGUUCGACAUGUAUGGAAAUAACGUAAUGGUCAUCACUCGUGAAAAUCAAGAAAAGUUUUCCGAACCCGGGGAUAGCGGUGCGCUUGUGCUAACGGAGCAAGGAAACAAAUUGUAUGCACUUGGUUUAAUUUUUGGCGAUGACUUAAAUCUCAGAGAAAGUGACCCACAAUUUCCGGAAAACGCUUCAUUUGCUAUAUAUUUGGAUGAAGCGAUUCGCAGAUUUGAAAGAGUGUCUGAUAAUGAAAGAAUAACACUGCAUCGAUAUUGAUCUCAGACCAGACCAUGAUUAUCUUUUCCUCAUUAUUCACGAAGUUAAGUGCAAUAAUGAAGCCCUAUUCGAUUUCUAUUUAUUUGAUUUUCCUUUAAAGGGGGUUACAAUUCAACAGCAACUAAGCUCUUCAUGAAGCAAAUAUAUUUUUGGAUACAGGCAACUGAAAAACU